AAGCAUUGUGGUUGCUCUUUACUUUACAUGCUGCUGCACUUUGUUUUUACACUUUGAAGUUUGCUGGAUUGAACACAAACUGAAGUUUUUCUGACCACAAUCCAAUCCUGGUCUCUCUAGACAUCUCUCUCCCUGUUUCUGUGUCUCCGUCUCCUUCUCAUUCUUUCAAACUCCACUCAUUGCCGUCACAAUUUCAAUACCUCCGGGAGAAGCAGAAGUUGUCGGGACCUUCUGACUCCAAAUAAACCCAAAAUGAAACCAAAGCCACCAAUUAUUCUGUUCAUUGUAUUCAUCGCAUUUUGCAGUCUUAACUCUCUAUCAACAGUGGAAUCAGAUCUAGCCUCAGACAGGGCUGCUCUGCUUGCUCUCCGCCGAUCCGUCGGCGGCCGUUCACUCCUCUGGAACAUCUCCGACAGCCCCUGCCGAUGGCCUGGUGUCACCUGCCAACAGGACCGAGUCGUCGAGCUGAGGUUACCCGGAAUGGGUCUCUCCGGUCAGCUUCCCAUUGCUAUUGGCAACCUCACGGAGCUACACACACUCUCUCUCCGCUUCAACGCUCUCACGGGUUCUAUUCCUUCAGACAUAGCUCUACUUGCUUCUCUUAGGAACCUCUACUUGCAAGGGAACCUCUUUUCAGGUGAGAUUCCCGACUUUCUGCUCUCCAUGCAAAACCUUGUUCGCCUCAAUUUGGCAAAGAACAACUUCUCCGGCGUCAUCUCGCCGAGCUUUAACAAUUUGACCAGGUUGGCUACUCUGUACCUGGAGGAGAAUCACUUAACCGGGUCGAUCCCGGAUGUGAAUUUGAAACUUGACCAAUUUAAUGUUUCGUCUAACAACUUAACUGGGUCGAUCCCCAAUAGUUUAUCGAGCCUGCCCAACACGGCUUUUAUUGGGAAUUCUCUUUGUGGUAAGCCUCUGGUUUCCUGCAAUGGGACUGAUGAGAAUGGAAACAAAUUGUCUGGUGGAGCAAUUGCAGGGAUUGCGAUUGGAUCUGUGAUUGGGUUUUUGUUAAUUCUAAUGAUAUUGAUAUUCUUGUGUCGAAGAAAGAGAAGUGACAAAUCGAGGUCUAUGGAUGUGGAGCCCGGAAAGCAGAAUGGGAUCGAGAUGCCACACGAAAAGGAUGUAACUGAGAGUGGUAAUGAGAAUGUGAGUAGAGGGUUUGCUGGUGCUGUGAGAGCAGACGCUAAGAGUAGUGGAAGUAAGAGUUUGAUGUUUUUUGGGAACACACCGAGGGUGUAUGAUUUGGAGGACUUGUUGAGGGCCUCUGCGGAGGUUUUAGGGAAGGGGACUUUCGGGACUACGUAUAAGGCCACACUAGAUAUGGGAGUCGUUGUGGCUGUGAAGAGAUUGAAGGAUGUGACGGUGUCGGAGAAGGAAUAUAGGGAGAAGAUCGAGGCUGUUGGGAAAAUGGAUCAUGAGAAUUUGGUUCUGUUGAGGGCUUAUUAUUACAGCCGAGAUGAGAAGCUUAUUGUUUAUGAUUUCAUGGCUAUGGGAAGCUUAUCUGCACUUCUACAUGGAAACAGAGGUGCUGGUAGGACUCCGUUGAACUGGGAUACCAGGUCCGGUAUUGCUCUUGGAGUUGCCAAGGGCAUUGAAUACAUUCACUCACAAGGCCCUGCAAACUCCCAUGGUAACAUCAAGUCUUCAAAUAUCCUCCUCACUAAAUCCUUUGAAGCUCGCGUGUCUGACUUCGGCCUUGCACAUCUUGCGAGCCCUGCUUCCACCCCUAACCGUAUUGAUGGUUACCGUGCCCCGGAGGUGACUGACGCUCGUAAAAUUUCCCAAAAAGCGGAUGUCUACAGUUUUGGCAUAUUUUUAUUGGAAUUGCUAACUGGAAAGGCUCCUACGCAUUCACUGUUGAACGAGGAGGGGGUCGACCUUCCGAGAUGGGUCCAGUCUGUGGUCAAAGACGAGUGGAGUUCCGAGGUGUUUGAUCUCGAACUCCUCAGGUACCAGAAUGUUGAAGAGGCCAUGGUUGAACUUCUACAACUUGCAAUUGAUUGUGCUGCCCAAUACCCUGAUAACCGCCCUUCGAUGACGAUGGUGAGAGGCCAAAUUGAGGAGCUUUGCCACGGAAACUCGCAGGAAGAGCACAUUGUAGUGAACGAGACUUACUCGGUCGAUUCAGGUGCACCACCACCUUAGCAAAGGACCGAAAGUCGAUAUAAUUACUGCACAGCCAUUAUGCUUAUUGCUUAAUUAAUUGGAGUUUCAAACUCUCAAUUGUUUGUUCAUUCUUGGGUUCAUAUUCUUGAGAACCUGUGUUUUCUUGUAUUCUUUCUUUAUGCUUUGUUACUUUUUUCUUUUUCUUGUUAAUUUUCCUUUUAUGUAAUUUGAGCCUUUGGUGUUGUAUUGUAAUGGGGAGGGUAUAAAGUUUCAAUAUUUGAAUUUUCUUUUUCUUGUUUGAAUAACUGUCAAUAUAAUUCUCUUUUGGUCCCA